CGGUACAUCUUUUAUAGUCAACUGAUCCCCCAUACUCACUAGCUAACAACUUGCACGUUCAAUUGGAACUUUCAAUUGUCUCAAACUCUCGCCCAAGGAGGGGAGACAGAGUAGAGCAGCAAUGGGUCGAAGACCUUGUUGUUCUAAAGAGGGAAUGAACAGAGGAGCCUGGACCCUCACUGAAGACAAAAUUCUCACUGAUUAUAUCAAGGUUGAUGGUGAAGGAAAAUGGAGGAACAUUCCCAAGGAAGCAGGCCUGAAGAGAUGUGGAAAAAGCUGCAGGCUGCGGUGGAUGAACUAUUUGAGACCUGAUAUCAAAAGAGGGAACAUUUCUCCUGAUGAAGAAGAUCUCAUCAUCAGACUUCACAAACUCUUAGGAAACAGAUGGUCUCUGAUAGCAGGGAGACUUCCAGGGCGAACAGACAAUGAAAUCAAGAACUAUUGGAAUACCCAUUUAUCAAAGAGGGGACAAGGGAAGGAGCGAGGACCAAAAUCAAACCAUUCUAAAGUUGGAAAGAAACCUAUCACUGCAAAAGCGGAUGAGGACCUAGUUAGCUCACGCGUUAUCCGCACCAAGGCAUUGCGUUUCAAAGAGGUGUUUAUCACCCCUGAUGAUCAGCAACACAGGAUUGAAAAUCAUCACAGAAACCUGGCUAUGCCACCUUCCGUGGAUCCAAAUUUAGUGCAGAAUGUUCCAGCAGGAUCCGAGUCCAGCGAUGGGUCACUAAUUACUCUGUCCUCCAAUAAAGAAUAUCCUGUUGAUUUUAUGGUGGAUAUCAGUGCAGGGGAAAUAAGUGUUCCAGAAAUUUUUGCUUCUGAUUUUACAAAUUUCAGCCAUUAUCUCGGUGCUUCUGAGAUGGAUAAGGUGAUGCAAGGAGAUGAUGCAGAUAACUAUAUUAGCAAAAUUUCGCCAUCGCAAGCAUUUUUGUUACCAGAGGAAAUGGAGCAGAACUGGAGUGGAAGUGACAACUAUAUUCAAGCUAACUUGGAUUCAGAUCUUGGAUCUUUGACUGCUUUCCUGGAAUCUGCUGAAGAAUGGUUAAUCUAAUUACAUUUUUAGUUAACUUAAACUGGUGAGUAUAGAUCUUACAUUUGUUCGGCAGUGGUCCGGGCUUCAUGCUCUUGUCCACGUCUUGAACAAAAGUGCAUCAGAAUAAAUGCCAACGCGUGUAGCCAACUGGCCAUGUGUGAUUUGGAGCUUGUAACUUCCUAUCUAUUCAGUAAAAUAUUGAUACCACAUUACUCAAA